AUGGAUCCUGUCCUGAAAGCCGUUUAUGAGGGCGAGCAGACUGGGUUUGCAGAGAAACGCAUACUGCCGCUGGUCACCGAGAAUGAUACUGUUUUCAUGAUGCAUGGUACUCUGACGUCGAGGCUUGCUCACACAACUCGGUCGCAGAGCACAGCCGAACACAGCAACAUGACGGAAAACCAAAGACAUGAAGAACUCGCAGAAACGAUGCUUGCUCUAGCUGAAGAGAUGAAGACGCAGUCGGCGCAUGACAUUGAAGACGCACAAUUACGCCAACGAGUCGAUGCAGUCGACAAGGAGCUCAAGGACUCAAGGCGAAGGGCGAAGACGCUGAAGGGUAUAUUGUCGGCCAUGAUAGUAGGCAGCGGGAUCAAUUGGGCUGCAGACGAGGGCCUGACCGAGCUCGUCUUGGAGGAUGAAGACGAUUGA